UGCGCACUCUGGCGGGAGCAGGAGUGAAGGAAGGGGCCUCACGCCUUUUCCCCCGGGGUUUCCUCCCCCCCCCCCUCCGCAAAUGGUAUUUACUUCCCCUUCUUAGUGCCGAGCGCAAAAGAUAGUCAAAGACCUCGGCUCAACCACUAAGGGAAGAGGAAGGUGGCGGCCGCCUGGAAGAGCGCGAGGCGAAGUAGUCCGGGCGCGCGGCUGGUGCUGGAGCCGUUGGUCACUGGCUGGGCCUGACGAGGCGACGAAGGGGCGAGGCGGCUCUUCUCGUUGCGCUCUCGCCGGCGCCAUUUUGUAGCGCAGCGGAGGAGCCACAAAUAAAAGAACGGGCGGGAAGCGCGAGUGGUGCUGCAGACCCCCAACGGGAACGAGCGAGGAGAAGGAAGGGGAGGCCUUGUCACGGGGACGGGCGCCGGGCUUUUGGCUCAUUGAUGCGACGGGGAAACCCCGCCUUGGGGGGAGUCGGUUGAGGGGGAGACGACGACGACGAUUGAGGACGAGGACGCCUUCGCGGCGCCGCCCCCACUGAGAAUCCACAAUGACUAAUGAAGAACCACUUCCAAAGAAGGUUCGCCUCAGUGAAACAGACUUCAAGGUUCUCCCUAGAGAGGAGUUGAUCUUAAGGUGGAAGCAGUAUGAAGCAUACGUACAAGCUCUGGAGGGAAAAUACACAGAUCUUAAUUCUAAUGAUGUAACUGGACUGAGAGAAUCUGAAGAAAAGCUGAAGCAACAACAGCAAGAAUCUGCUCGAAGAGAAAAUAUCCUGGUGAUGCGGCUGGCAACAAAGGAACAAGAGAUGCAAGAGUGUACUAAUCAGAUCCAGUACCUCAAGCAAGUCCAGCAGCCGAGUGUUGCUCAACUGAGAACUACAAUGGUUGACCCAGCCAUCAACUUGUUUUUCCUAAAAAUGAAAGGUGAACUGGAACAGACUAAAGACAAACUGGAACAAGCCCAAAAUGAACUGAGUGCCUGGAAGUUUACACCUGAUAGCCAAACAGGUAAAAAGUUAAUGGCGAAGUGUCGAAUGCUUAUCCAGGAGAAUCAAGAGCUUGGAAGGCAACUGUCGCAAGGACGUAUUGCACAACUUGAGGCAGAGUUGGCUUUACAGAAGAAAUAUAGUGAGGAACUUAAAAGCAGUCAGGAUGAACUGAAUGAUUUCAUCAUCCAGCUUGAUGAGGAGGUAGAAGGUAUGCAGAGCACCAUUCUAGUCCUACAGCAGCAACUGAAGGAGACUCGCCAGCAAUUGGUUCACUACCAGCAACAGCAGUCGCAAUCCCCAGCCCCAGGUACCAGCCGGACUCCAGCUUCCGAAGCUGCUAUAGAUCAGGUAGAGGCCAUGAACAAAGACUGCAGUCGUCUGGCUAAUGGACCAAGCAACGGCAGCUCUUCCCACCAGAGGACACCUGGGUCUGGUUUUUAUAGAGAGGGUAGUGGAGCAGAGGAUGACUUCCCACCCUCACCAAGCAAUGGUAAUAAGCUUUCCAACCACUCUGAAGAUAGAACUGGCAGAGGAUCUGGUAGCUAUAUAAACCAACUCAGUACUGGGUACGAAAGUGUAGACUCUCCCACUGGUAGUGAAAAUUCCCUGACACACCAUUCGAAUGACACAGACUCCAACCAUGAUCCUCAAGAGGAGAAAACAGUCAGUGUGAAAGGUAACAGAACUACGGGGUCUCGUCAUGUUCAGAAUGGUUUGGACUCAAAUGUAAAUGUCCAGGGUUCGGUUUUGUAACCUUUUUUCUGCAACGUUUUUAUAUAGUGUCAUUGAAAUUGGGAGAAGAAACUGUCCAGAACUGUUCAAAUUAGUGCAUAUAUGUCACAAUUUUGCCUUUGUGGGUUUUUUGCUUCAAUACCUCUGCCACUUCUGAAAUUUUAACAAUUACGUUGAAUGUUGCUAAAAGGAUGUUUGUGUAGGCUCAAGGUAUUUUUGAGUUAAUGUGAAGUUGAAAAUUGAAUUUUAUUUCCAAGUAUAACAUAAUGAUGUCUGUACAAAUCUGUGUAUAUUUAGAACUUGUGCUGUGUAAGGGCAUUCUUUACUCAUACUGUUAUAACAUUCAAGAUUUGUCAUAAUAGCUGUGGGUUAAUGACUGCCAAGCUGCCCAGUACAGUAGUUUUCUAACUGAAAUAAACUUGGUGAGGGAGUCCUAUAGUAGUUUGUGUUCCAGUUUUGCCACCAUGCAUCUGUGCGUUCUUUUUAGGUGACCGAAUGUUUAAGAAUUUUGUGUGCAUAGUUACUCAGUUUAAGAACUGUUGUAUCCUGUUAAUGCAUAUUGCUCUGUGACUCCAAUAUUAUCUUACCUGUACUGACCAAACCUUAAAUAAAGAUUUUUAAUAAUUAA